AUGUCUCCCCCUCACUAUGCUGAUCUUGGAAAGAAGGCGAAUGAUGUCUUCUCCAAGGGAUACCACUUUGGUGUGUUUAAACUUGACCUGAAGACCAAGAGUGAAUCAGGUGUUGAGUUUACCAGUGGUAUCACAUCCAAUCAAGAAAGUGGAAAGGUAUUUGGUAGCCUUUCGUCAAAGUAUGCAGUAAAGGACUAUGGACUAACAUUUACAGAAAAAUGGAACACAGACAACACACUUGCCACUGACAUCACCAUCCAGGACAAAAUUGCCCAGGGAUUAAAAGUUACUCUUGAGGGCACUUUUGCACCACAGACAGGAAGCAAAACUGGCAAGCUGAAGACGUCCUUCGCCAAUGAAACAGUGGCAGUCAACACUAAUGUAGAUUUGGACUUGGCUGGCCCAGUUGUUGAUGUAGCAGCUGUUCUGAAGUACCAAGGCUGGCUAGCAGGAGCUAACACACAGUUUGAUACACAAAAGGCCAAGUUCUCAAAGAACAACUUUGCUUUCGGAUACCAGACCAAUGAUUUUGCUCUGCACACCAAUGUCGACAAUGGCAAGGACUUUGGUGGCUCCAUCUACCAGAAGGUGUCAGACAAAUUGGACUGUGGUGUUAGCAUGAAGUGGUCUUCUGGCUCUACUGACACCCUCUUUGGGGUCGGUGCCAAGUUUGCCUUGGACCAAGAUGCCUCACUUCAUGCUAAGAUCAACAACAAGUCCCUCAUUGGACUUGGUUACCAACAAAAGUUGCGCCCAGGCGUGACCCUAACUCUGUCCGCCGCCGUCGACGGCCAGAACUUCAACGCCGGCGGUCACAAGGUCGGAGUCGCUCUAGAGCUGGAGCCCUAG